GUCGUUCCUAUCUGGAACUAUAAAAACGCCUGGAAGAUCGGAUCUGUGUACAGUUCCCAGCGAACAUCACGUCAGACUUCGUCCGAACGGCUCCAUCAACCACCGAUAACGAACAUGAAGGCCAUCCUGCUCGUCGCUGCCCUCUGUUUCGUCAGUGCUCUGGCGCUCACAGACGAACAAAGGGCAAAGUUGUCGGAGUACAAGAAGAGCUGUGUCGCGGAAAGCGGCGUUGAUAUAAAGACGGUUGAAGAUGCUAAGGCUGGCAAUAUCCCCGAAAGUGACGAGAAACUGGCUUGCUUCGCCUCUUGCAUGCUGAAGAAAAUUGGAAUCAUGAACCAGGACGGAUCCAUCAACGAAGAGGUCGCUCGGCAAAAAGUAGCCACCACCGUUCCUCAAGAUCAAGCUGAAGAGCUUAUCGGCAAAUGCAAAGACACCACUGGAGCCAACGACUGCGACAAGGCUUUCAAAUUGGUUAAAUGCUUGAAAACCAACAAAUCAUUCGCUGUACUUAAUUAAAUAAGAGACCCUUUUAACGAUAUGAUCUGACAGAAAACUGAUAUUGUAUACAAAAACUUGAACAACGCUUGUAACUGUAUGCUAAUAAACAAGUGGUUAGUAAAA